UCGCGGGGGCGGGGCUCUCGCACUAGUCACGUGACGGGCCGGGCGGCGGCGGCGGUCGUGGCGGCGGUGGCCGCGGCGUCUUUAGCGGCGCCGGGCGCAGGGAUGGUGCUGGAGGCGGCGGCAGCCGUGGUGGCGGCGGCGUCGUUGGUGGCGGCGGGCGGGGGUGCUGUGGCGGCGGCGGCGGUGCCCACGGGUAGCAUAAAAUGGCGGAUUUCGAGGAGUUGAGGGAUCUCCAGUACAAUGUUGAAUAGAAGCUGUGAUGGGGGCAUCCUGAUCUUGUUCCUGAUUUUAAAGGGAAUGCUUUCAAAAAUUCACAAAUAUGGUUUCUAGUUUUAGGGUUUCUGAACUACAAGUGUUACUAGGCUUUGCUGGACGGAAUAAAAGUGGACGCAAGCAUGACCUGCUGAUGAGGGCGUUGUAUUUAUUGAAGAGCGGCUGCAGCCCUGCGGUUCAGAUUAAAAUUCGAGAAUUGUAUAGACGCCGAUACCCACGAACUCUUGAAGGACUUUCUGAUUUAUCCACAAUCAAAUCAUCGGUUUUCAAUUUGGAUGGUGGCUCAUCACCUAUUGAGCCUGACUUGUCGGUAGCUGGAAUCCACUCGUUGCCUUCCACUUCAGUUACACCUCACUCACCGUCCUCUCCUGUUGGUUCUGUGUUGCUUCAGGAUACUAAGCCCUCGUUUGAGAUGCAGCAGCCUUCUCCCCCAAUUCCUCCUGUCCAUCCUGAUGUCCAGUUAAAAAAUUUGCCCUUUUAUGAUGUCCUUGAUGUUCUCAUCAAGCCCACAAGUUUAGUGCAAAACAGUAUUCAGCGAUUUCAAGAGAAGUUUUUUAUUUUUGCUCUGACACCUCAGCAAGUUAGAGAAAUAUGUAUAUCCAGGGAUUUUUUGCCAGGUGGUAGGAGAGAUUAUACAGUCCAAGUUCAGCUGAGACUUUGCUUAGCAGAGACGAGUUGCCCUCAAGAAGACAACUAUCCCAAUAGUCUAUGUAUAAAAGUAAACGGGAAGCUCUUUCCUUUGCCUGGCUAUGCACCACCACCUAAAAAUGGAAUCGAACAGAAGCGCCCUGGAAGACCUUUGAAUAUUACUUCUUUAGUUAGGUUAUCUUCAGCUGUGCCAAAUCAGAUCUCCAUUUCUUGGGCAUCAGAAAUUGGAAAGAAUUACUCCAUGUCUGUGUAUCUUGUACGGCAGCUCACAUCAGCCAUGUUAUUACAGAGGUUAAAAAUGAAAGGUAUUAGAAACCCCGAUCAUUCCAGAGCACUAAUUAAAGAAAAGCUUACUGCAGAUCCUGACAGUGAAAUUGCUACAACUAGUCUUCGAGUAUCCUUGAUGUGCCCAUUAGGGAAGAUGAGAUUGACAAUCCCAUGCCGAGCAGUGACUUGUACACAUCUGCAGUGUUUUGAUGCUGCUCUUUACCUGCAAAUGAAUGAGAAGAAGCCCACCUGGAUUUGUCCUGUUUGUGACAAAAAAGCUGCCUAUGAAAGUCUAAUAUUAGAUGGGCUUUUUAUGGAAAUUCUCAGUGACUGUUCUGAUGCGGAUGAGAUCAAAUUCCAAGAAGAUGGUUCUUGGUGUCCAAUGAGACCGAAGAAAGAAGCUAUGAAAGUGUCCAGCCAACCAUGUACAAAAAUAGAAAACUCAAAUGUACUUAGUAAGCCUUUUUCUGUGACUGUAGUCAAUGAGGCAAGCAAGAAGAAAGUGGAUGUUAUUGACCUAACAAUAGAGAGUUCUUCUGAUGAAGAGGAAGACCCUCCUGCCAAAAGGAAAUGCAUCUUUAUGUCAGAAUCACAAAGCAGCCCAACCAAAGGGGUUCUCAUGUAUCAGCCAUCUUCUGUAAAGGUGCCCAGUGUGACUUCGGUUGAUCCUGCUGCUAUUCCGCCUUCAUUAACAGACUACUCAGUACCAUUCCACCAUACGCCAAUAUCAAGUAUGUCAUCAGAUUUGCCAGGUUUGGAUUUUCUUUCCCUUAUUCCAGUUGAUCCUCAGUACUGUCCUCCUAUGUUUUUGGAUAGUCUCACCUCACCCUUAACAGCAAGCAGUACAUCAGUCACCACCACCAGCCCCCAUGAAAGCAGUCCUCAUGUUAGCUCAUCCAGCAGCAGGAGUGAGACAGGGGUCAUCACCAGCAGUGGAAGCAACAUUCCUGACAUCAUCUCAUUGGACUAAAGGACUCAGUCUCUUGAUUCUAGGAAUCAUUCAUCAGAACUGUUCUUUAUUGGAUCUCUGGUCUGUGAGAAAUUUUUUUUGUUUGUUUGUUUGUUUCAUUUUGUUUUGUUUUGUUAAUGAUUACUUUGAUAUUUAUUGAAAAGUCAAAUGGAUUAUUUUGCUUUCUGAGAGAUGAACACAGAUGACUGCAACAAGUACCAAGAGACAUCAAGGAUUUUUCUUACACACACUGUGUACUCUGAGCAUCAGAUAUACUCAGCCAUUGCUGUAUCUUAAGAAACGGAUUUCAGUUUUAUGAUACUGUAUGGAUUCUACAAAUGAGUUUAAAAUUUUUGUUGUAAUAAACAGCAAUAAAGUUAUGUAAAUAUUCAAGUAAACUUUUUUCUAAUUGAAAGAAAAAGAUACAAUCUGUGAUUCUAAAAUGACAACUUCUGCUUAACCUGAUGUGAAGGAAAAAUACAUAGAAGUCUGUUUGCUGAAUGAAUCCUUUCCAUGGAGAUUUGUUCUGUCCCACUGAAGUCUUGAUUAGUGGCCAAAGCUUGAGUUCUCCUUUGCUUCCUGCAGUCUCACAAUUUUCCCUGAUUCUAUCAAAGAAAAAUAGUCUUUGUGUUAAUGCAUUUUAUCCAGAUUGUCAUUUACACUUUGACAUUGUUUGCUAAUGAAUACAGAAUGUAGUGAAAUUCUAAAAUUUGGCUGCUCUUUAUUAGUGAUUGUGGUGAGGAACAGUCUGCAGAGUCUGCCCCAACUGUGUUAUUUUUGGUAAUUGUAUAUUCUCACUCUCUAGAUUUCUAUCAGUUUGAGACUUGCUUUCUCACAAAAACUCGAUGCAGCUGUUGAAUGAAGUGUAUGUGGAGAUGCAUCAUUGGGAUGUUCAUUAGGAUUUUGUUCCCACUGUGUAGAAAUAUCAAGGGCUAGGAAACAGUGGUAGAACACAUUUAAGGAAGGUGAAAAUAGCAAAAUUCAAUUGCUUCCUAUGACCUUUCUUACCUUUAUUUUAUAGAAUGAUACAAAUUUUUCUUGAAACUUUUUAGAUUUUAGUACCUGACAAUAUAUGUGUAGAUCACUGAUUAGAUUUGUCACAAUGUGACUUCAGUCUGUUAGCAAUGAUUUUCAAACUUAAAUGAAAACAAAGGGGUGCAAACAGCAUCAAAUUCCCCUCUUGUUAAAAGGAAAUCUUCUAAAAAGCAAAAUAAAAAUUUAAAUGGUCUAAUUUAAAUAAGGGCUGGGGGAAAUGGACUUGAAGCCCACUUUGGAAAUGACUCUCUUAGAGUGUGUUUGCUUGCAAAUCCCCCAGGAAAGGGUUUUGCCCUCAAAAAAUAUUUCCAUCCAAAUUUUAUACUUCUGCUUCCUUUUUACUUUCUAAAUAAUUUAUAAAUUCUCAAGGAGUUAAUACUUGCUUCAUGUUUAGAUGUCUCUCAUACUUUAGAAAUGAAGUCAUGUUUGAAACAAGUAAGGAAUUUAUUUUUCCAACUGAAGUGCCCACAUCAGGAACUCACCAGUUUCAGUUGAAAUAGGGACACACUACUUCAGAACCGGUGCACCACCAGGGAGCUGACCUGUUGGUGCUUGGUGUUCUUUACAGUUCCUCAAGUUUUCGUGGUCUCUGUGAUCCUUUUGUACUGAGUGAAUUCUGUGUCAUUUUCUACAUCACCUGACCUUUGGCUACAUUAUCUAAGAUCUCUUUACUUAAUGUGUUAUCCCUUUUGGAGAGCUGCUUAUUAAACGUGUGGAAAACAAACCUGAAUCUUCUCUCCAUAGCUGCACUCUGGUUGCCAAUUUUACCUUCUUAGAUAUUAAAUUUCUAGUUCUUGUUACAGUC